AGGUCUGAUCCCGGAGCCGCGCGCAUUUCGCCCCCUUCCUGAGUCUGCGCCUCUGCAUCCCGCCCCCGCUCCAGCUCCAGCUCCAGUGGCCGUCUGCAGCCUGUUCGCUCACUUCUCACCUCUUCUCGCCUCAAAACAGACUUUUGUUUUUAUCUUUAAUGUUGUCAAACUUUUGGCUUGCGAUCUGCUCCUGUUUUUUUUUGUUUGUUUGUAUCCCGCGAUCCGUUGGGCGAGGGGGGGUUUAAUUGCUUUGGAGGCAGAAGGACGGAUUUCUUCUUCAGCUGGUGCCAAAGUUUAUAACGGUUACAUCUUCCUGCCUGGAACAGCUACCUAUUGAAAUUUGAUUGAUCUUUGAUCAUCUGCCAGCACGCAAGUUCCAGGAGGAAGAGGCGGGAUGGGACCGUUUAAUGAAUAUCAUAAGGACCAGAAGGUGCGAGAGAAGCGAAGUCCACGCAGUCGCAUCCCGAGACUGGUUCUCCGCCCUUAUCCCCACAUCCAGAAAGGAUCGCCUUCUUCUGAAUCCCCCUUAUCCGAGGAAGAGAGUCGCGAUUACGACCUGAGCUCUGGGCAGUCACGGAGAUCCACCACCGUCAGCAGCAUCAGCUUCUGUUCAGAUGACACAGGAUGUCCCAGCAGCCAGUCAGUGUCUCCAGUUAAAUCGCCUUCAAAGUCAGCAAGUAGUUUGUUAACAUUUCCUACGGUGAAUGAAGAAGAAGAAAGUGGAAGGAAACUGAACUCUGGAACUGCAACUGAGUGGAACAUUCAGCACAUCAAACACAAGAGAGAGCAAAAGUUAUGUCUGGUGCAGCCAGGCAGUGAAGCUGACUUUAGUUCCUCCAGUAGCACAGGCAGCAUCUCAGCACCUGAAGGUCUUAUGUCAAGUACAGGGAGCAAGCGGAGCUCGGCUUCCCGCAGCCGCGGUAUUCAUGGGAGAGGUAAUUCUUCUAGUGGCCACAAGCAGUCGGGGAGCCCAACUGUUCCUCGAGAGAAAGAUCCGGUGUCAGCAGUGUAUAGAAAUACAGCCAACAUUCGUGAUAUCUAUGGAGCUUCAUCUCGCAGCAGCAGCAGUAACUCUGGUUCAUACAAAGGCAGUGACAGCAGUCCGACUAUCAGGCGAUCUGGUAAAUACACUUCUUGCAGUGAUAAUCAUGGCAUUAAGCCCCCAAACCCGGAGCAGUACUUGACUCCACUGCAGCAAAAGGAGGUUACCAUUAGACAUCUGAGGACAAAACUAAAGGAUUCUGAGAGCAGCCUUCAAGAGAGGUGGGAAUCCGAAGUUGCAGAUCUCAAGUCCCAGCUCGCUCGCAUGCGGGAAGACUGGAUUGAAGAAGAAUGUCAUCGAGUUGAAGCCCAGCUAGCGCUAAAGGAAGCUCGAAAGGAAAUCAAACAAUUACGUGAGGUGAUUGACACUAUGAAGAACAGUUUGGUGGAGAAGGACAAAGGUGUUCAAAAAUACUUUGUUGACAUUAAUAUCCAAAACAAGAAACUGGAGUCUUUGCUACAGAGCAUGGAGUUGGCUCAGAAUGGUGCUUUAAGAGAUGAUUCCUCUCUGGACUGCAUGUGUCCAUCACCAGUGAAGUCAUUGGCACGUAGCACAACCUACACAAAAAUGGCUGAAGCUAUGGGCCUAGAAGACCAAGCUGUUGAAGAAUUGGCUGAUAGUGGUCUGCUUGCCAAUGACGAUAUGGCAAGCAGAACAGAUCUCUUUGACCAAAUUCUUAGGUCAAAACCCACGGAAGGUAGCUCUGGAGAUGGGUGUUGGCCUCAGGCUAAUGAAAUGCAGGUGUCACUUGUUAACAGUGCAGCACUUGAGAUUUCUGCUCAAAGUGGCAUGAUCUUUAUGAACAAUUAUAAUAGGCUGGUGAGGGAGCAAGCUAUUCAGACUGACGUAGUACCAUAUAGCCCAGAUGUACAGAGCCUCAUUCUACACAUGCUGAAGUCACAGCAUAGCAGCCCAACCAGCCCCAUAUCUUCAGCCUGGGCACCAGAUGCCGGUCAAGCAACAUGUGCACCACAGUUUGAAACAAUAGUCACCGAUGCUUUGUUGGAUUUGACUCCAAACAAUCCAAACACUGCAAUUUUGGUGUCUAAAUUAGAAUCUGUUAACCAUUUCAUGAGCCCUCAGGCAAAUACUUACAAUAAACAAGCUCAACACCUGCCUAGGGUAAACCACAUGAGAGAACUUACUUCCACAUCCAUGUUUGAUGAAACAGACAGUACUGAACAUGAUUUAUCAAAGGAGCAGCCAUCUGCACUAUGUCAGAAAAACUAUUGGAGCAGCCAUUUUAUUAUUGAUUUGUUGGCAGUGGCUGCACCUGUGGUGCCUACUUUGGCAUGGGUAUUUUCCACACAUAGAGGAGGGACAGAGCCCCUGUACAAUAUUGGUGCUCUGUUGCGUGGGUGCUGUUUGGUGGCCUUGCACUCUUUGCGCCAUGCACCUCGCACACUGUUCUGUCACCCAGCUGAAAAUAAAAACACCCACUAAUUGCACUUAGAUUUUAGCUUAGGAUACUUGAAGAGUACUGGAAUUAGCUUAUUGCGUCGUCUUUGUAUGUGGCUAGAUGUGUUUCAUCACAUCAGUGAGGUUUAAUUUGCACUGUUAAUAAGUAUAGAUAUAUUACUUGACUUAUGGUGGUAUGAGUUUACAGUGUUGCAAGCUGCUUUUGAAGAAUGGGUAAUUUAUAAAUGUGAAUGCUUUCCUUGUGAGGAAAGAAAUGGAAUUUACGUGGCCAAAGUUGACCCACUACUGAGCAAUAUACCAGUAUACUGUGUAGUGGUGACAUUUUUAAAAGGCAUGGAACAGUGAUGUAUUUUUGUUUAAGUGUAUGGGCCUGGAUCUCGAUUUGAACACCAUUUUAAUUACUAAAGGACUGUUCUAAACAGAGAUUAAUCCCCGAUAGUGAAAACUGCCUUCAAGGUUUUGCAUAGAAGAUACUGAAUAUUCAGCCUUCUAAAAGGUAGCUGGCUCCAGCAUCUGCUUGAACAUAUUUUUCAAUGUUUUAUUAUGGUUCAGCUGGGUAUAUUGUUGCUGUUUUAAGAAGCUACAGUUUAAUGGUAAUGCUGUAUUUUUAUGUUUAUGAUAAAAUGGAGUGCAACCAAAGGUUCUUGGCCUUUUGCUGUCUGUAUGUUUUCAGUGGUAUGGGACGGUGUACUGGAAACCUGAAACGUCUUGUUACUGUUGUGUUGCAUCAGUACAAGCAUCGGCUAGUUGGAUCAAGUAAUAUAACAGUGACCUGUAUAAGUAGUUGCUACGCACAGUACAUUGACAUGUUUUAAAGUAAUCAACAAGAUGCUUCUAUGUAGUUGCUUCUUACAAAAUAUUGCAUUUUCCUGAUUUGUGUUGUGUUCGAGCCAUGUGCAAUAUUGCUGAAUUGUUUACUUUCACUUUUCUUUACUGUACUUCAGAUGUUUCUAAAUUAAAGGUUAUAAAUUUAUUAAAUUAAAGCAUGCCAAAAAGUUA